CCAGCAGCACCACAGACAUGUCUGCUGCUAGUUAGCUGCUGGUUAGCACGUCCGCCGAUGUGUCUCCCCUUAAAGCGAACAAAUUAACCUUGAAUGCAGCUUUGUGUAUAGCUUAAUGGUUUUCCGGGGCCGCGGUGUGUGAAUAUCGGGACAAUGUCGAGCAGAAAGCGAAGGACAGAGAAGGAGGACCGACGAGACCACAAGAAACACAAGUCAUCCAAACAGGAUUUGGAGAAACUCAAAACACAAUCGAAAAAACUCAACCAGAAAGUGCAACAGCUGAAACACGUAGAGACGUUCUAUGAGAAGCCGCCACCAGGACUCAUUAAGGAGCAUGAGGACAAACCAGAGGACUGUAUCCCUGCUGAACCAGGAAAUGAAGAAGCGAGGAGCUUCCUGGCACACGCCCCCACCAAGGGGCUGUGGAUGCCUCUGGGGAAGGAGGUGAAGGUGAUGCAGUGUUGGAGAUGUAAGCGCUACGGCCACAGGACAGGAGACAGGGAGUGUCCGUUCUUCAUCAAAGGCAACCAGAAACUAGAGCAGUUCAGAGUGGCUCAUGAAGACCCGAUGUAUGACAUCAUUCGGGAAAACAAAAGAAAUGAAAAAGAAACCAGGAUCCAGCAGCUGCAGCAGAUGCUCCAGGACACCACUUCCUCUGAUUCAGACAGCUCCUCCUCUUCCUCUUCCUCCUCCUCCUCCGAUCACCAUCGCAGCAAGAAGAGGAAAAAGAGGAAGGACAAAAAGAAGAAAGACAAGAAGAAGAGAAAAAGGAAACGAAAGCACAAGUCCUCCAAAACUACUGAUUGCUCGGAUUCAGAUUGACUCUUUGGAACUUGCUGAUAUAUGCACUUACACGCCACGAGCUUUAAACGUAGGAAGAGACGAAGAGAGCAAGUGUGUUCUGCACAGCGCCUCAGCAAGAACUGCACUCUGAAGACCUUUGUAAGCCUUUUCUCUGCAGGUUGAAACUCUAAAACUGCAAGUCCAGUACGCAUGACUUCUCCCAGCUGUUUCAUCAUCUCCAGGGUGACAACUUGCAUUUGCAUCCUCUCCACUAGAUUGUACAGCACUGGGUCAUACGGCACAGCUGCUUAAGUAAGUGUGUGCAUGUGUGCCUUGGUGCAUAUGUGUGUCAAGAAGCAUUAGCCGCAUGAGUAAUGAAUCUUAAGUGAUAUGAAAUGAGCCCAUUGGUGUAAGAGAUAGCAUGUCAGCAAAUACAGUGUGUUAUUAAGAGAUUGUAUUUUCCACCAUAUUUUUGUAUCCCUGCCAUCUCGCUGGUAUUAAAUACUUUGAUUGUAGAGUGUGUUAAACGCAGAGGUGGGGGGAAAAUGAAAAGUUAAAACUUGUCUUCCACACAAGCCCGAAUGUUUGAAUGCUUGUGACUGUACAUAAAUAUUUGAAACGAUUUGAGGUUGGAAUAUGCUCAUAUGCUCUGAGAAGAAGCCACAGACAUGGGGAAGGAAUGUAUGUGAAUGUGCUCCCUUAUACUGAGAAUAAAGAUGGCUCUCUUUCUCCAAUGUUUACCCAG